CGGCUAGCUCUUGUGCAAGCAAGUCUUGGCGCUGGAGGCGGGUCGGGCUGGCUGGCUUCAGAAGGUUCAACCUGAGAUGAAACCUCACCAAGCAACUCCUGUUUUUAGAGUAUUAUUUAACAAAUGCUACAGGUAUCACCAAAGGUGCCAUCUUCCAUUUCUUGCUAAAAAAAGUGCGUUUUUGGUGGAACUGAAUAUACUUCAGCACAGCUGUAGGUGGAAAACAGUCACAUCUGUGAGGACCUUCCAUUACAGCCCCACAGCUUUUAGAACACACUGGGACAAUGACACUUUGCAAGCAUAUUUACAGACUUUGAACCAAGAAUAUGAAAAGAUUGAUUUGUUGCUAAAUUCCUGCUCAGUGAAUGAAUUUAAGAGAAAGGACCUCAGCCAACGGCUUGCUGAACUAUCACCAUUUGUGAAGACAUUCCAGGAAAUACAAGAGGCUGAAAAACAAAUUCAGGAAUUGGAGAGAAUGUGUACAGAGCUCACCAAAUCAGAAGAACAACCACUGCUAGAACUUGCUGUAGAGGAGAAGGAAGGCAUGAACCAGAAGAUUAGAGCACUGUAUCUGAAGCUUUGUGAGGAGAUAACUCCAAGAGAAAAAUAUGAUGAAAGUAGUGUCCUAUUAGAAGUGACAUCUGGCAGGACAACUGGAGGUGAUAUUUGCCAGCAAUUUACUAAAGAAGUCUUUGAUAUGUACCAGAAUUAUUCAGAAUACAAACGCUGGACUUUUGAAAUUAUAAAGUACUGCCGAGCUGAUUAUGGUGGGCUCCACCACGCUGCUGCCUGUAUCUUGGGAAGCCAUGUCUACAGGCAUUUGAAGUUCGAAGGCGGUACUCACAGGGUGCAACGAAUCCCUCAGACCGGCUUAUCUUCGAGAAUGCAGCGGAUUCACACCGGCACCAUGACAGUCAUUGUCCUCCCUUUGUCUGAAGAGGUACAGAUAAAAAUCAACCCCAGUGAUUUACGGAUCGAUACAUUUCGAGCAAAAGGAGCUGGUGGACAGCAUGUUAAUAAAACAGAGAGCGCUGUUAGAGUUGUACACAUCCCUACAGGGAUCAGUGUUGAAUGCCAGCAGGAUCGAUCUCAGCUGAUGAAUAAGGAAACAGCGUUGCAGACCCUGAGAGAGAAGCUCUACCUUCAGAGUGUUAUGAAAGAAAUAAACGAACAACAGAGUACGAGAAGACUGCAGUUAGGGACAAGAGCCCAAUCGGAGAGGAUUCGCACAUAUAACUUCAACCAAGAUAGAGUGACUGACCAUAGGAUUUCCUAUGAAGUCCGUGAUAUCAAGGAAUUUUUAAAUGGUAAAGAACAUCUGGAUAAUCUAAUCAGCAGACUGUUGGAGGCUUCACAGAUGAAACUUCUGACUGAGCAUUUGGAAAACAAUUUAAAAUCUCUAUAAGCAGGCUCCUGAAUUGAUGAAUGUACUUUAGAAAACCCUUUUAUUGUGUUUGUAAAAUUAAAGAGAACCAUCUAA